GAUGAAAUAUACCUAUACUAGGUAUUACUAGUUUACUACCACUACUACCGCGUACCUGUUCACGUUGCACUGCGACAGUUGUAGUAGUUGUCUCAGGUGAAUCAUAUUUCAAGGAUUCAACUUAGGAAAAUUGUUGAAAUAGUGUCGCAAAGAGGUCCUUCUGAGAUUGUAAGAUGGAAUUCUCUCCGGCGGAGUUAGAAAUACCUGAGUGCAAGUAUGAAUACCUAGAUCAUCCUGCGGAUGUGCAGAUCCAUAGCUGGGGGGAUGACCUUACGGAGGCCUUUGAACAAGGUGCUGUUGGUAUGUUUGGCUACAUGACUGAAAUAGACAAAGUGGAAAUUUUGGACAAGCAGGAAAUUGAAGCCAAUGGAGAUGACAUGGAAAGCCUUCUGUUUCACUUUCUGGACGAGUGCCUGUUUAUAUUUUCAGCCGAGCCAUUUCUCGUAGCACGUAAGGUGGUAAUAAGUGAAUUUGACAAAGAAAACUUCUGCAUCAAAGCCACUUUAUAUGGUGAAGAGUUCGAAUUGGGGAAGCACCCACAGGGUACAGAAGUAAAAGCUAUUACUUAUGCUAGUAUGCAAAUAUAUGAUAAGGAUGAUCAGCAUGAGUUAUUUUUCAUAGUGGAUAUUUGAUUAAUGUAUUGUCUUUUUAUUUUUACAUGCAUUUAUUAAACUUGACUUCUGCAUCUGUUUGGGUCAAAACUUGUUA